CAAAGCCUUGCGCCGCGCCGCGCCUGCGCCAUAGUCCCGCUCAUAGCCCACGGCGGGCGAGGGGCUGCUCGUCUCCUCUCCCACCUUCCCCCCGCCUCCCGCCGCCGCCGGAGGAGGCGGUAGUGGCGGCGCGGCGGGGCCAGCCGGGUGCAGCCGUCGGUGCCGCGAGCGGCAGCUUCUCCUUUGCCUUGGCUCUGAACUGCCUUCCUGUCAUGCUGCUGUGCUAUGCACCUCCAGGCAUUUGUCAGAGACUGCCUAAUUGAAGCACACUCUCCAGCUUGGAUCGAAACUGCUAUUUUGAUCAGGUCUUUGCCUUCACCAUGUCAAGGAGUGUUAAUGAUGUUCUCGCCUUCUGUUGCAUUCCCCACCUGUCAUUUUGCUAGGAUCUAACUACAGAAUGAACAUAGCAGCUGUGUUUAAUGCCCUGCUCGUGUCUGUCCUCGCUACGGUGCUGUGGAAAUACAUCAAACUACGAGAGCAUGCCUUCAUGGUCGAAGAGGAGCUGGUCCUCAUGCGCCAGUCCCAGGAGCUCUCUCAGGUUCAGAUUGACUACCAUGCAGCUCUCCAGACCCUGCUGGAGGAUGGCACUAGGAUGGUGUGCACUGGCAGGAUGCACACCGACCGCAUCUGCCGCUUUGAGUCCCUUUGCUACUCAACCGAGGCUGAGGAGUUCAUCUAUUUCCACAGCAACUCCUCGGUCAUGCUGCCCAACCUGGGCUCCCGUAGGUUCCAGCCAGCUCUGCUCGACCUUUCCUCUGUGGAAGAUCACAACACCCAGUACUUCAACUUUGUGGAGCUGCCCGCUGCUGCGCUGAAGUUUAUGCCAAAGCCAGUCUUCGUGCCUGACGUGGCACUGAUUGCUAACAGGUUCAACCCGGAUAACUUGAUGCACGUCUUUCACGACGACCUCCUUCCCAUCUAUUACACCAUGCAGCAGUUCACUGAUUUAGAUCCGGAGACACGGCUCUUCUUCAUGGAAGGGUGGAGUGAAGGUGUUCAUUUUGACCUCUACAAGUUAUUGAGUAACAAGCAACCGCUCCUCAGGGAGCAGCUGAAAACCCUGGGCAGGCUCCUAUGCUUUACCAAAUCCUACGUGGGACUGUCCAAAAUCACCACCUGGUACCAGUAUGGAUUUGUCCAGCCACAAGGGCCGAAGGCUAACAUCUUGGUUUCUGGUAACGAGAUCAGGCAGUUCACCAAAUUCAUGAUGGAGAAGCUGAACGUCAGCUUGGAAGAAAGCACCAGUGAGGAAUACAUCGUCGUGUUCAGUCGAACAAUCAACAGACUUAUCCUAAAUGAGGCAGAACUAAUCCUGGCCCUCGCCCAGGAGUUUCAGAUGAAAACCAUUACGGUCUCUCUGGAGGAGCAUUCAUUUUCUGACAUCGUCCGGCUGAUCAGCAAUGCGUCCAUGCUGGUCAGCAUGCAUGGGGCCCAAUUAGUGAUGUCUCUCUUCCUGCCAAGAGGUGCCACGGUGGUGGAGCUCUUUCCUUAUGCCAUCAACCCUGAACAUUAUACCCCUUACAAAACCCUGGCAACGCUUCCUGGCAUGGACCUGCAGUACAUUGCCUGGCAGAACACUGCCAGGGAAGACACCAUUACCUACCCGGAUAGACCUUGGGAUCAGGGUGGGAUUGCACAUCUCGACAAAGCUGAGCAAGAGCGCAUCAUUAAGAGCACAGAGGUGCCGCGGCAUCUGUGCUGCCGCAACCCUGAGUGGCUGUUCCGUGCCUACCAGGACACGAAGGUGGACAUCCCUUCCCUCAUCCAUGUCAUCAGGCAGACUGUGAAGUCUAAGCCCGGGACUAAGAAGAAGUGGUCUGGUAGCCUCUACCCUGGCAAAGUGAGGGAUGCCAGGUGUCAGGCCUCUGUCCAGGGCACGAGUGAAGCUAGGCUUUCUGUGUCCUGGCAGGUACCCUGGAACCUUAAGUACCUGAAGGUCAGAGAAGUGAAAUAUGAAGUGUGGAUACAAGAGCAAGGGGAAAACACCUACAUGCCUUAUAUAUUGUCCCAUCAGAAUCACACCUUCUCAGAAAACAUUAAGCCCUUCACAAUAUACCUGGUGUGGAUACGCUGCAUCUUCAACAAAAAUCUCUUGGGACCUUUUGCAGAUGUGCUCUUGUGUAGUACAUAACCUGUGCACUACCUGUACAGCUCUGCCCUCUAUGCCAUCUGUGGUUUAAAACUGACGGUCUUGUAGUUGUAGAGGGCUGAAGAGGACUAGACUGUACCAGUGCCUCAGUGUCCAUCUGACUGCACUCUGUGUGUGUGUGUUCUUUAGGUGGUAUUUAUUUCCAGUGAGUGUUAGAAAAAAAAAAUAAAGAAAACAACUCUCUGUUCUUCAGAGAACUUGCAGAGGUUACAUUACAUGAAUACAUCUAAUUGAAAACAGAAUGGAAUUGAAUUGUGUGUACCUUAGUCGUGAUUUAAAUUUGUUUCUAUUGUGUGGUGAGUAUCUAAGCACAGCAUUACUCCGCAGUUAAUUCCGUGGGUAGGUGAGCAGUUCUCAUCAGCUUUUUCAUUGUAAGUUAUUUUUUUUUUCAAUAACUAAGUUUGAGUUCAGGAUUUGGUAUGAGAGCUUUCAUUAAACUGCUGUAAACCUCAAUGGCAUUUUUGCUUUGUACUGUGUGUCAAAAUGCAUGUUGUGAUAGAUCUGUCUGUUGCUGUGAUGAAAUGUGUAUAAGGUAGCUUUUUAUUUUGUUUUAUUUUGACUGAAGGAGACAACAAUGACGGUGCUGUGUUUAAAAUCGCUGCACAUGCCUUAUGCACUGUCCCAUCAGAGUAGCACGUUGCUUCCGACACAAAAGGCUGGAGCAGCAGGUGGGAGGUUGGAAUGGGUAAAAGAACUUACUGUGUUUUAGUGUUGGUUUUCAUUUUGUGUGUUGUAUGCAUUUCUUUGGGAAGGAAAAGGGGUGUUUUGGAAAGGCAGUGGGGAAAGAGGUCUGCAUGAAAAUCCUCUCAAAGAAAAUCCUUGUUUGUUUUCUGAUCAGCGUCAUCUGUUGAGAUCAGCAGCUAAUCAGUGCACGCUUUGUUAAGUGACAGGCAGGACCCAUGGGGAGGCUUUCUGGGCACAGAUUUAGCUGAUGGGAAGGAAAGGAAGCAGAGUCAGGCAGUGGCAGUUACAUGGGUGCUGUUGCAUUAGGCUGAAUGAAAAAUAAAAGGAAGCUCCGAGCUGGAGCUGUGAGUCCUUGAGGGAGAGAGGAAGAAAGGGACAGAAGUGUGAACGGAUUUUGUUGAUCGAUGUUAGCACGCUCCAUAGCUUAUAACCAACAUUAAAGCAACAGGAAAACUGCUCUCCUCUCUCUCUCUCUCUCUCUGCUCCCUGCUGUCCUGCCAAGGUCUGGAUGGAUGUCUGAGCAGUAGGAUAAAUGGCUUGCUUUCCGAGUGAUGGACUGGUAGGUGAGCAUUUCAAGGCAGGAUUAUAAUAUGAGUUUCAGUGAGAGGAGGAGAAAAACAUUGGUACAAAAAUCAGACAAGAAAAAGGAGGGUUGAAAAAUGAGUGAAACACCACAGUACAACAUUGGACCUUCAGGCUACUGCUCCUUCUGUGAAUUCAUUUUCAUUAUGUCUCGUUUCAUUUUCAAACAGUUUUUGUAUGACAUAAAGGGAAAAAAAAAUCCCAAAUUCUGUCAAAGUCUGUGUUUGCUUCACCACUGUAGUCUUGCCCACUAUUAUUUGUUGCCCUGAUAUCUUAAAGUGGUGCCUGAAUCCUCUGGCUGUUGUUUUCUUGAACAACAUGGUUUUCUUGCUGAAGUGAAGUGAGUAUCUGUGCUGUGUCCUAAAGUCUUCAUUUGCCUGCAUGUCACGUAGCACAUACAUCAGAACUCAGAUGAGGGAAACUUCAUAAAGAGGAGACAGAUGUGAGAUGGGGCUGCUUGGGAAAGCCAUCCUGUGGCUUCCAGCACCUCACUGGCUGCUGCUCCUGCUCACAGCAGGGCUUUUUUGCAGCCUCACAGCCCCACAACCUUUUAAGUUGAAUGUGGCCCCAUGGCCACGGGCUGUUCUCUGCUGGCUGUUGCAAGGGUGGUAGUGUCGAUGCCCUACAAAGUCAGUGCUCAGUAAGCCUUCAUAGGCUGAAAUGUAGUCACAGUUCAUUUUGCAUUAGUUUUCAGAAGUGAUUUCCUUUGGGUACAUGAGCUGCCUGUGGUCUUAAUAGCCACCUUUUGUCAUGGGCGGGCUCUUGGUCUGUGUGCUGCUCUUCUGCCCAUCUUUCUGAGUGCCUUUUUUAGCUGUUCUUUGCCCACAGUCAGUAGGCCAUCCUGUUUCAUUUAAAAUUAGUUUCACACAAUUGCCAGUUUUCUAAUGUUUGCAGAUUGCUUGCAGCACAUUAAUCAUUUUCUUCCCUUAUCCUAAUGGUUCUAAUCAACAAAGCUGGCUACAGAGCCAUAGUGUCAUGUAUGUGGGUUUCCAUACACCGUUAUCUUGAGCCUGAAAAAGUUUCUUGCAUUCAGAGUCUUCUUUUUUUCCAGAAGAUAAUCAAAUAUGCUUGCCGAAAGUGUGCAUUCAAGCUGUCUUCCUUGUCAGUGCCGUGAAUACUGUAUGAGAUGGAAACAAAGGAUUUUUCCAUUUCGAAUUCUGAGGGAGCUGAACACAGAAAUUAAGAAGAUAAUGUUACUAUUUGCCUCCAACACCUGCUCAGUAUGUGAAUGUCUGUACCAGAGCCUUGAUGACUUACCCUGAAUAUCUGCUUUCCUGCAGGAAGCAACGUUGGGAGAGCACGGCCCAGCCUGUAGCUGUCCUCAAUCAGGCAUGGUAAUAUUAUGCUGAUUUAUGCUACCUCAAGACCUGCACUGGAGUGCUAGCAUCUUACCAUGAUGAAUUUUCUUUCUCUUUAAUAACCUUGCCAUCUGCAGGUCUUUUCCAUUUUUUUCCCCAUCCUCCCCUGUCCCACAGGCUGUUUGCUUCUCUUGCUUCUCACACAGCCUCCAGGCUUCCCAUUUCAAGAAGACCUGGUGGGACUUUGUCAGUGCCACUUCACUGAUCAAAAGGAAUGCCAGCCUGGCAUUGCUUAAAUUUUUUUUAAAAAUGCAGGGUUUUUUUGUACACAGUAGCUGGGGAUGCAUCUCUCACACAUGCAGGAAGUCAGGGCUAAGAGCUGGGUUGUACUAUUUCCAAAAGAGUUUAUUAAUCAAGCAAGCUCAAGGGCCUCCUUUUGACAAGUUGUUCUGUGCAAGAGACUCACACUUUCCACCCCCACAUCAUUUGUUUAUGCUCCCGGAGCAAAUACAGUAAUCUCUGUGGUGCUGUCUGGCCCCACUGUCCAGGAAAAAGAGAAAUGGCUGGGAUUAAAUCCAAAAUCCUCCUGGGGCAGGGCAAGAUGCUAAUAACAAGCUGGGCUGAAGCUCACUGCUGCCCGGCCUGCUUACAGAGACGGAUGGUCCAAGAGGAUUUCCUCUGGCUGCCAUUUCCUAUCUCAUUUUAAUUAGCCAAAGCACAAGGAGCAGCCAGCUGCUGCAGGAGUACUCUUGGCUGGCAGGACUGAGGAGGAGGAAGAACCAAAUGGAGAGUUCACCGGGUCACAGGUGUGCAGCACUGGAGCAGCAGCUGCAGGUUGUAUGGGGUAUGGUCCUAUGGGACAGGACUUCAGAAGCAUGGAAGAAACAGGAAAGUUCAUGCUAGUGUUAUUCUUGGUUGCCUAUAGAGCUAAACUUACAGACAUCCUCAAAGUGUCCAGGAAAAGAAAUAUUUCCAAAGAGGUUCAGCUCCACGCUGCCCUGGGUGUGUUGGGAAGACUGAACAUAUAGAUGAUGCUUAUCUUAGUGGAUAUCCCUUUGCUUGGCAGUGGAAGAGCAGUUACCAUGGAAGUGUAGCCUGAAGAGAGCAGGGAGCAGGCUAGAGUAGUGCAAACUGAGGACUGAAAACCCAUUGAGUCACACUGUCUGCAGGGAAACCUGUAUGAACAAAUAGUGGGGAGAUCAGGUAGGCUGCAUUUGAUAUGGUCACCUGCAGGAGCUCAUGUCAGAAUAUUUAAGAGCACCUGUAUGUCAGUUUCUC